AUGGCAUCUGCGGCUGCCGGGUCUUAUUGGGGAGCUCAGGGCCCCCAAGGUUAUCAAGGUUCCCAGGAUUCCUCUCAGGGCUCAUCCCAGGGUUCUGGACAGUAUAAUAGUGGGAUGUAUAAUGCUGGAGCUGCCGAUAGCUCUGGCAGUUCUGGAAAUGCUGGCACUGCUGGGAUAUCCGGUGCAGAUACUGGUAGUACAUCCGGCGCUGGUACAUCCGGUGCAGGUACAUCCGGUACUGCUGGCACCGCAGGUAAUUCAGGCAGUGGAUCACAAUACGCAGGGUCUGGGGCCCAGUCCAACGGACAGGCUAGCUCAGGACAGCAAGCCAGUUCGAACCAGGCCUCGGGCUCCCAAGCUGAAGGCACAGGUCAAAGCUCCGGGCAAUGGUCCAACGGAGCGUCUGGCACUGGAGCAACAAGUGGUAGUACACAGGGUCUAACCAACGGACAAAGCCAAUGGAGCGGCCAAGCGCAAACCGGCCAAGGACAAGGACAACAGAGCCAGGCGAACACGCAGCAGUCCGCUGCACAGAAUAGUAACUGGAACGCCAAUUCGAACUCAAAUGCACCCAACACCGGCUCUAAAAGCUCCUCACAACAGUCCUCCAGCUACGACGAUGGGAUGUGGCAUGGCAACGAGCAAUCAACAGGCAGUCAGAACCAGAAGUCUCAAACAAACACAAACACAAAUGCACUUAACCAAGAGUCGACAGACUCGGCAGACUCGAGAGACUCGACAGAUUCGAAAGACUCGACAGACUCGGCCAAGGCUGAAGAAAUGAACUUGAAUGACGGACAAUGGCAUCCAGAGGUCUGGCUGGACCCAGCGUCCACUAAAGACAAGACCUCCAGCACGACGUCCAACACCUCGCCAUCGUCCACCAAGUCUGAUCUGCCCGCCACUGAAUCCCCCGGGCUCCCAUCCGGAUCCCACAGACUCUCUCCCGGUGCCGAAGCCGGGAUUGCCGUUGGUGUCAUGAGCCUGGUCCUGCUCCUGCUGGGCCUGAUCUUCUACCGACUGCACCGCAAGAAGCGAGCCCUACAAAUGGCCGUUCGCCAACAGAAGAAUCUCCCACCUCUCGAGAAGCAAAACCCCAUGUACAACCUCGCCUCGAACCUCUACACGAAAAGUAGCUUGACUCUAGUCGGGAUAUCGGACAACUUCAAGCCCCGCGGCAACAACAGCGACGGCUCCCUCCCUGACCCUCACGAGCAUCCCAUCCACAACCACAACCACAACCACAACCACAACCACAACGGCAACAGACAGUCCAUCCACGCUGGUCCUGUGGAGGCCAACAAAAGCACCAGCACCGUCGACUCUGACACAACCCAGCUGCCUCCCCCGGUGCUGUUCACCGGCGACGUGCAUCCCGCCCUGAGGAGGCCGACAUGGAAAGAACGCGGCCAGCGCGUGCUAUACCCGGUCACUGCCACAGCAACCUUCGCCGCUAACAAGAUCAAGGGCCUCCGCCAGAAGGAGCUCUCGCCGGCGCAGAGACGCAGCCUACAGGCCCACGAGUACGGCUUCUCGGAGGAGUUCCUGCACAUUCCACCACCCCCAGAGCCCUCGAACCGUCUCCCCAGAGUUCUGUCCAAGGUGCAGCAAAACGGGUCGUUGACCGUCCGUGCUGUCACGCAGAAGUUCAACAGAUCUCAACUGUCUCUUGCCCGGUCGCAGACACCACGUGAAGUCGAUGAGGAAGCCCAUACCCAGCAGCUCAUCCCAGAGGUACACAUGCAGCCCCCGCCUCCUGCUCAGCUCGAGCACCAGUGUCAUUGCCAAUGCGGCGCCCCAUAUCCAGUCAAACAGGAGACACAGCCCCAGCCCAAGACCCAGUCUCAACUGCAGGCUCAACCAGAGGUUCAGCCCCACGGCCAAGCGCAGCCUCCACAGCGCCAGCCAACUGAGAAGAGCAACAACGGGCUCUCAUCAUGGAGCACGAUGAACAGCCUCGCCAGCGUCUCGGAAUCAGGCGAGGAAACCCCGGAAGGGCAGACUCACUUCCCGUCUCCAAGCGAGAUGAUCGGCGAAGAGCUGUUCAAGGUCCGCAGUGUCUCGUCUGGAACCGUGGCUAUGAACAACCCAGCGGCGAACAUCAGCGUCGACGCCCAGGCUGGCCGUAUCUCUGGCGAAGACGAGAAGCCUGAACGAACAAAGUCGUCGACAUCAGAAAACCUCAAUAAGUCCAAGCCACAACCGCAACAGCCACCACCAUCACCCCCGGGAUCAAAGCCUCCAUCACCGAACCUACCAUCACAACCCUCGCCGGUUUAUCAGCCUGCCCAACAGGAAGUCCCCUCGUUCAAGCCAUGGAAUGUGACAGUGUACCGCGUCGACAUGCCCUUCGCCGCACGCAGCACGGGCCAUCUCGAAGUCAGCGAGGGAACGAUGGUGCGCCUGGACCAGGCCUUCGAUGACGGAUGGGCCCUCUGCACAGUCACCCAAACCGACCAGCGCGGGCUCAUCCCCCGUGCGUGCCUGUCCACAUGGCCCCUCAAGGAGCGCCGCAACUACACCGCCAGCAUCAACGACCAGCACAUGCGCAACGCCAGCAGCGCCAGUCUCCCCAUUUCCCCUGUCGACUCGGUCAACGGCCAGGCCUUCCGGUUCUACCGACAGGCCUCGUCCCGGCCAGGCACGCCCAAGAAUGGCGUCAUCUCGCCAACAUCGUCGACUCGUUCUGGCUCUGGCGGGUCUGGCUAA